AUGCCACGGCCUUUGCAAAAACUGUUCUUGGGGAAAGAAAAGGUGUCCUUGUUAGAGAGGUCCUUAGAGAGAGGUUCUUAUAGUUCCUACGUAUGUUUAGGAUCUCGGGACAGAAGAAACCCCCAGUGGCCUGGAGGGAAGAACAAGUAUUGCAGGUUCACUCUCUACAAGGAGAACCGCGAUGCAGUGGAUGUCGUUAACUACCUGGCCAAACAACUGGGGGUAAAGCCAUCAGUGUUCCAUUCGGCAGGUCUCAAAGAUCGCAGAGCCAUAACUACUCAACACUACACUGCAUUCAAGGUAAAGGCGGAGAGUCUGCUGGCUAUGAAUAAGUCACUCGCAAAUGUCAAGAUUGGCAACCCUGUUUAUGUCGGUGAACCUCUGAAGCUUGGACAGCUCACUGGAAAUCACUUCACCAUCAUUUUGAGGAGUGUGUCAUGUGACGAUCAUGUGAUCCAAGAAAAGAUGACAUCGUUGAGAGACAACGGGUUCAUUAAUUACUUUGGCAUGCAGCGGUUUGGUACAUCCACAGUACCCACCUAUCACAUCGGCCGAUGUAUUCUCCACUCUGACUGGAAGGGAGCAGUGGAUGCUAUUCUUGCCCCGAGACCUGGAGAGCCUGAAGAUUUGACGUCGGCCAGGCAGUAUUUCAUGUCAACCAGAGACGCCGAGGGAACCUUGGAGAAAUUCCCCAGGGGGCGCCCCCUGGAAAAGGCCGUGCUGAAGGGAUUGGUUCAACGCCAGGGGCCAAAUGAUUUCCUCGGAGCUCUUAAACGAGUUCCGUACAGCUCUCGGCUGAUGUACGUUCACAGCUUCCAGAGUCUGGUCUGGAACAGAGUCGCCACUCACCGCAUCCGACUGCACGGUCUCAGACCCAUUCCGGGAGAUCUGGUACUGGGGAAUGGGAACGGGCCGCUGACGGUUACCGAGGAGACGCUCUCUCGGUACACCAUACACGACGUUCUCUUGCCUCUACCUGGACAUGACGUGACCUUGCCUGCUAAUGAUAUAAAGAAUUUGUAUGAGUCAAUACUGGCAGAAGACAACCUGACAUUCCAACACCUCAACCAUAAAGUGAGGGACUUCACUCUUCACGGCAGCUACAGAAAUAUAGUUGUGAGGCCGAAAGAUGUCGAGUGGGAUGUGGUGAGGUAUGACGACGUAACAACUCCACUUGCUCUGACAGACCGCGAUGAACUCGAGGACAAGCCACCUCCACAGUCUUUGGAAGGAGGUCAGUACAAGGCCCUUCGGAUGAGUUUCUCUCUACCCACAGCCAGCUAUGCCACAAUGGCAGUAAGAGAUCUGGUCAAAAUGGAGACCUCAUCUCACUACCAGACACUGCUCAUGAACACGCCACUCCCCAUCUCCACCCCAAACUCUCCACCCACUAACAAUGACUAAAAUUGAUACCAAUUGCAUUUCAAUUUUACUUGUUCUCGAACUGUGUAAAUAGAGUGUUCAAUAGUGUGUGUGUUAUGGGGCUGAAGUGAGGGUGACCACGCCCACUGGGAGGAGUCUGGUAAUGAAGAAUUCAGAUCUCCAGCAAAGUCACGACUGAGGGGCUGAAGAGAGGGGAAAUGGAGGAGGAGGGAGGGAGAGGAGGUGGAGGAGGCUGCAGAAUUAGAUUUGUCUCCUCGGUCGGAACAGGAGGAUUGGCGACUGAGUCCUGCAACAUGGUCCUCUGGCCGGCCACACUCGGUGCAACUGUCUUCUCCACUUUCAUAUACUGCACAGUUAACAUUGACACCACGCGAGUGGAGAAUGAUGAGCAUGCAUACACCAAAGGAUCACGACACGUAAUACUGGCAAACCUGCUAGGA